AUGAAUGAAAUUAUUCACGGGCAAAAAUAUGCGGACGAAUUAAGAAAAAUUCCACUGUCAAAUGAUACUGUGGGUAGACAAAUUUUGGAAAUUAGCAAUGACCAGUUUGAGCAACUUAUUGGAAGAAUUAAAGAAAGUUCGAAGUUUGCAAUUCAACUGGAUGAAUGGACUGACAUUACAAACAUGGCACAACAUAUGUCAGGUAUUGUUACGAUAACAGUGUCCACGAAGAUUUACUGUUCUCUCGGUCAUCAGAAGGACGUACAACGGGUGAGGCAAUUUUUCAAGGAAGUAGGGCUAGAAUGGAAUAACUGUGUUGGAGUAUGUACCGACGGUGCAGCGGCAAUGACAGGAAGAAUAGUUGGAUUUCAAGUUAAACUUAAAUCUGCAAACAAUGAACCUACAACUUUCACUCAUUGCAUGACUCAUCGAGAGACAUUAUUGGCUAAGAAAAUUUCUGCAGAUCUGAAUAUGGUACUACAAGAUGCGGUUAAAGUUAUCAACUUUAUUAAAAGUUGUGCACUUAAUAGUCGCCUCUUAUUUCAGCACAUUUUUACUGCAAACAGAAGUGCGAUGGCUGUCAAAGAGACGAGCUUUGAGACGGCUCUUAGAGUUAAAAAUGAAAUGGUAUGCUUGAAAAACCAUUUCCGGGAAUAUUUCCGACCGGAAUUAGACUGGAUCCAAAAACCAUUUAUCGUGGAAAUGAAGCAGGUGAAACAUCUCUCCUUGAAAGCACAGGAAGAACUUGCAGAACUUUCGUGUGAUUCAAAUCUAAAACUUGGUGUUAAAGUUAAAUUUCCAAUACUGUCAGAGUUAGAGAUG